ACGACAAAUCACUUAGCAUUGGUCUUGUCUCUUUUCAAACAGAAACAUUCAUUUAGGCUACUUUAUUUAUGGGGGCAAAAUGAACCACUCACGCACGCAGAGAAUGGGGUCUGGUCUCGCAAUCUGAGGUCAUUUGAACUGUCAUAAUUAGACAUAUUUCUAUAGUUACGUGGGAAAAAAUCAGCAUUAUUUGAACAUCACCAUAUUCAAAUCAAAGCCUUCUAUGGUUCUAACUUGACGGCGCUGCAUCGACAUCAUAAAGUAGGUUUGGAAUAUAGAAGGCAAAAUGUUGUGAUGUUUUAGAAUUUUCGAAGGGUCUCCGGGGAAACAUAACCAAUCAAGCCGCGAAAUGUACACUCUUCACACGACCACAUUCAGAUCCUACAUUUGACUGACAAGCAAUAGACGUGCGCGCAAUGGCUCCUAAUUUAACAAAAUUUACCAAGCCUUUCCCGCGAAAAUUCAAAACGGGAUCGAAAGGCUCUGAACUAAGUAUAUAUGCAGAGGGUCUUGUACCCAAGGACCAGAAAUUGUCCUCCCAGAUUUGCAUCCCUGCCACAUCUUCCCAUGCCCAGGUGGGCUACAAGGUGCAAUGCAAGAAGGCUGCUGGGUUGCCAGGUUUGAAACGACCUGCACAGCCCCACCCACUCUCCGGCACCAAAGACCCACCUUUCAGGAUCUUUGACUCCACCGACCUGGGUGAUGUUGGCUCAUAUCUGGUGCUUGACGUCUGGGAGUCUGAGAGUGAUGGUGCCUCCUCCUCUUCCUCCUCCUCCUCUUCCUCCUCCUCCACAGGAAGAAGCAAAGAGAGGGAUGUCUGGCCCAGCUACUUCCACCGAUUCCAGUCCCACCUCCACCAGAGACAGGCCAGCCGUGGACGCUCCAGGGUGAGAUCCAGAAAGGCCUGGUGGAGCCGCCGCACCGCGCCCAGCCAGGUUUUUGACCGGCGCUGGGGGAGAGAGGAGAGGGUGUCGGGAGUGGAGACAUCCAGAGAGAACCUUCUCCACCAGGGACUCUACGCCCAGACCAUAGCCCAGAAGAGGUGCCGGGAGGCGGACGAGGAAGAAGAGGCUUGCCCCUGCUUCAAGAGGAUCCGAUAUGGACAAACUGCUGUCCACUGAAUGGCACAUUCAGUGUUUUCAAAUAACUAAAUUCUCUAAUGAAUUCUUAGUUGUGGUUAGGUUUCAAGUCAGCGAUAUAUGUUUAGAAAUGGUUUUAGUGAAAAUAUCUCUUAA